AUGGCAGAUACAGAGGAACCUCAGUUCAAUACUCUCGCCGAGAGGAUCGCCGCCCUCAAUAAGCAGAAAAACUUUAAUGGCAAUGGCACCACCGACUUGCCACGCAAGCGAGCCCCUCCUCCAGCGCCUCCCGUGCGAACAAAAAGUCCGGCAAGAAGUGAGCCUGCUCCAAGCCCGGCAUCUGCUACCGCCAGCGGGCACUCUCAUCCAUCCAUUCCCACCAGACCUGUGAGAGGGAAUGCGCCGCCUCCCUUGCCUCGAAGAGACACUCAAACUUCCGUCGCAAGCAAUGACUCUUUGGUCACAAAGCCUGGUGGCGGCCCUCCACCAUUGCCAGGACGGCCAGCAACCUCUCAGACUCCCCCGGCCCUGCCUCGGAGGACAUCAGCUCAGUCGACGGCAUAUCUUUCUCCCCGUCGCAACUCAGCUUCCUCCGAGAUUUCUCAGCAUUCUACGCUAUCUACCUCGUCAUUGGUGCGGACGACCUCGUCCAAUAUCAGCUACACGUCCAGUGGAAGCGCUCCACGAAAAAUAAUGGCCCCUGCUACCUGCGAUGCGGCAAGUCUCCCACCUCUCCCCCCUUCGAAACGAGACCUCGAAGCCAGGGCAAAAGAGGCCGCUGCUCAAGAAAUCGCUGCAAAAGACGCGGCCGCUAGGGAUUACAGAGCCAAGCAGGCUGCCAAAGCACAGGAGGCCCGAGCCGUCAGCAACACUUCAUCCCCGGCCCCUCCUGCUCGGCCCAGCUUGCCACCGCCGUUGCCGUCAAGGCCAGCCAAAUCUCCAAGUCCAGCACCAGCACAAACAAGUUCAGCGGUUGAAGUUGAAGAAACAAAACCAGCACCUCCCAAACGUCCCUUUGGCACCAUCAAGGGCUUUUCUAGCGGGAAAUCAAUCAAAGCUCCGCCCAUUCCAGUGCAACGGCCACAGCUUCCUUCCAGAUCAUCUGCCAGUGCCGAGGCUACCAGGGACGAUGCACCCCCGCCGGUGCCUCUGUCGUCGAGACCUUCUGCAGCGCAGAUUCACGCCGCGUCGUCCGAGGCCGCGACCGGUGCAUCAAACGGGGAUAGUAAAGGGGACAGUACUACCGGGUGCUGGGUGUGUCGAGAUUGGAGUGGACCAGAUGCUGUGGCAGCACAGUUCCCGAGACAAUCUUUGCCUCAUAGGGACCCUGUUGGCCAUCUUGCUCGUGGCUUAUGUGGGCCUUUCCCGUCAUACGACGAUAAAGCCAGGGCAAUUUUUACAUGGUGCCAUCACAACAUAUCCUACGACACGGUGUCUUUCUUUGGCAACAACGUGAGGCACAUGUCCGUGGAGGACACUAUAUUCAGUGGUUUGGCAGUAUGUCAAGGCUACGCAGAAACGUUCAAGGCUGUGGCCAAUAGAGCGGGGUUGGAGUGCGUAGUUGUUGGAGGUCACGGAAAGGGCUUUGGCCAUACGCCAUUGAAGAAGGGUGAGCGACCGCCUCCGGCAAAACCGGACGGGCACGCCUGGAACGCUGUCAGGGUGGAUGGUGGCUUCUGGAAGCUCAUCGACGCUUGCUGGGGAGCUGGGCACAUCUGCUCGGCGGCGAAUCUGUACAAGAAGGAGUUCUCUCCGCGCGAGUUCACCCUGAGCAACGAAAAAUUUGGCCUUCGCCACUUCCCUCAGGACUCCCGACUUCAAUACAGGAGUGACGGACGCACGAUUUCCUGGGAAGAAUAUUACACUGGAGGCCUGGAUGGGGAGCCACACCAAUGGUACGGCACUGGAAAUAGUGAGGGCAUUGCAGAGGAAUCUGUGGAGCCAAAGGGUCGCGAUGUAUCGGUUCAUAGCGGGCAAGUCGUACGAUUCCAAUUCUCCAAAGUUUGUGAGCACUGGACAUCAGAGAAGGCCGGGCUGGGGAAGCCUGCCCUGUUCUUGCUCAGUAUCCAUGGACUCGACGGACGCAAAGAUGAGAUUAUCCCAACUGAGACCAACGGAUACUGGAACUGGGUAGAUGUCAACGCUCGAGAUCUUGGAGCUCCGGGACAAUCGGUAGAGAUUCUGAAGCUCGAGACGAUGGAUAAUAGGGACGCUCGCGGUGUCACACCGGAGGAGUUUGAGUCGAAGAGGGGGAGGGUCGGCAUGUCAUGGUCUUACAUCGCCAAGUGGAACUUGGUAUAA